CAGGCUCUUCGUAGACGGGCUCUGGUUGUCAUCAGUCGCUCGAUUGUAGCUUAAAUAGGCUACUUGCACAAACACUUCCUGAUUCGCCGUAAUACAGCUCACCAGCUUCCGGUUCCAAGAUGGCAACGUUCUACACCCGGUGUUUACAGGAGCUGCCGACAAUAAAUAUCACAGAUUUGCAUCGUUUAUGUCGGGAAACAAAAACUCAGACAAGCAAAUUGGAGAAGGGGUUUAGGCUGUUGCUUCGACCUACAUUCACAGUUACGAAGGUAAGAAAACGACGUCUAACAGACGCUAGCUACUGUCAAAGUCUAAUCUGUCAGUUAACUGUCACUGUCGAACGUGUAUUACGAUGCAGGAACAGCAAACGCCAACAAGAUUUCUUAACGAGUGUUUUAUAUCAGCCUUGAUGUUUGCCUGUUGUGUUGAGUAAUAAUAGUUUAAGUACAGCCACGGUUUUGUGUAUAUAAAAGUAACAUUACUUAGCUACCUAACGUUUCUUUCCAUGUAGUAACAUGUUAUAGAUUUGAUGAUGCGAGUAACCCAGUACAAUUGAAGCUUAAUGAAUUUGUAUGUGUUAUUUCAUUCAGUGUCCAAUAAAGACAAGCUGACAGUGCAGGUCAGCGUGAGAGCCUUGUGCUACAGGUCGAUGGGGAAGAGCGAGGCACCACAGUUUGAGUCUAGGCAGGAAGCUGUGUUCAUCCCUGUUCAGUGGUGUUUGUUUGGUUAAGCAGUAGCUAAGUGUAGUCCUCAAGGGCCACCAACUUGAAUGUUUUUCAUGUCUCCCUGUUUUUCACACACAAUUUAAUAUAGUCAAGGUAAUGAGUACAAGGCUACAACUUUUCAAUAAACAAGAUAUUUAUUGUCGUUUGCACAGCAGAAGUACAGGUACAUUGGAAUAAUUGUGAUUAUAGGAGUCCGCUUUAAAAAAAAACACAUCUUUAUUUUAAGAGGGAGAGAAUAUAACAGUAAGCAUUCAGGGUGUUAGGCUUUUUCUAGCACAGUUGAAGUACUUACCUUCAUAAGAAACAAGUUGUUUUUGACACCCAUGAUGCUGAGGUUAUAUUUCUAAUGAUUUACCUUUUUCUCUUAGAUCAAGCUUUGUGAUUCAUCAGCCAAGGGAUGAAAAAAGAAAGAGUUAAUCUAUGGGCUGGAGCAGCUGUCUCUGAGAGGAAAAGAAAAAAAGUAUAGCUCAAAAACAACAAAUACAAAUGCAAUGGCAUCACGUAUAAUUACAUCUGUAACUACUUAUAAAGUACUGUUGAUGCACGUGCAGGUGCGACCACUUCUUUUUUCUGGGCAGCUGAUUUGGUCUGGAAACACGGACCAUCUUGUAGAGAAGGCUCAAUCAAAGACCAAAAAAGCUAUCAGAUGGUUGUAGCUGGCAAAUCUAUUCACAAAAGACAUCGCAUAAAAAAUUUCAAUUAGAAUUGUACAUCAAAAGUAUACAUUGUUACCAAAAUAAUGUCAACAGUAACUAAGAUUAAGAUUUUAUCGUAUUUAUAAUAUAUAUAUAUAUAUUAUGUAGCAGGGUGACCUGUAUUUCUCCCAUAUAUCUGUUUCAGCAUCAGUCACCUCCCUUUUACCUGUAUUGUGACUUGUGCCACUACGCAACGGUUGCUCUACCGGAUGGCGUCGUAACUAAUCCCUGGCACUCAGCUGACAGAGUAGUGUUCUUGUCCGGGCCGUAUCUUUGGGAGGCGCGGUUUGGUGGUUUGCCGUGUACUUGUGUGUAGAUAAGUAGGGUGUUACCUGCUCAAUUCAUACAUUUUUACAAUUGUUUAUUAAUAGUAUUUUGUUCUAGGACCAGCAUUGGUGGAGUUGGAGACGGUCACAUUCUGGCGCUGGCGCUUCAGUGCUCCUAUUUUCAUCUCAUAGAAUAAUAACACGACUUUUUUCAACCAUUUAAAAAUAAACUUUUGUAGACUUGAACUGGAAACACGUCUCUGUAAGUCUUUACACAAAUCUGUAUUAUAAAUGUUGUUUGUUUUUGUACUAUUGGUGUGGUCACAUUCAUAUAUAUAAAUUCUGAUAAGACAUGGACAUCCCCAACUCCAAUUACACCAUCUCUCAACAUGCCACUACUUGUGUCCUAUUAAUCAUUCACAUUCACAUUCACGGAUGUCUGCGUCGGAGCCAGCAAACCGCUGCAGUCCAAACUCUCGCUGGAGACGUAACUCCUGUAGCUCCUUUCUCAGCUCCUGUACUUCAUUUGAGACGCUUUCAGCAGCUGAUGCGGACAUAUCCAUGGCAGUCGGUUCAGAGAGAGCAGUAGUCUUGAUCGUUGAAUAGGAGAUCAACUUCAUCUUCCGGAGGGGCAGUUUCGACGAACCGAUCAACUCUCUCCCACACGCCGCCCCUUGGGGUUUCGACUGUAUACUGGUUCCACUCAAAAAGGGUCGCUACGGCACCUUUUGCAAGUCUCCUUCGACCCUGAGGAGUAGUUGGCUCAAUCAACUUGUCGGGACUAAAGUGUCUGCUACAGACCUUGGAGUGAGUGGUGAUGACAUAUGCAUCCCGGCGUAUGUUGACAAUCCAUCGACUCCUCACGUCAGUUUGGCUCGGAAAGCCAUGAAAACUUAAUACCCCGUUGAAUUUUGCUGACGCUGUACAGUUCGGGACACAUCUGUGCUCUGUAUAGGUUGUCUCCUGCCUCUGAAAAGGUCCAGUUUUUAGAUGUUUGCGGUCUUUAUCCAUGUUUACAGUAUCAAAGUCAGCAGGCUAGCGCAAUAAACACACAGACCGGAAGCAACCGAGCUGUAUUAUUUGAAACAGGAAGUACGUCACACAGCUUAGUGCAUACACCCUAUUGAGUUGCAAAAACACAGCACCAGACCGGUGCUCUGGGGUUGACACUGAAACGCGGAAGGUUCAACCGGAUACGACCCCACCGGUGUAUUGGUGACUGAUGACCGUGGGCUGGUCGCGGAUGUCGCCUGCUCUACAGACGGCUUCCAGGCGCUAAAGUUCUGUAUGAGUUGAAGCCUUGCUGGUGGGCACGGGGAAGGCCCGUGAAGCCUCGGCUCUCGAGUGAGGAGCAUGGCCGGUCACUUCGACGCGGAGGACCGCGGUACCUGGUACUGGGGUCGUCUGAGCCGACAGGAGGCGGUGUCGCUGCUGCAGGGCCAGAGGCACGGCGUGUUCCUGGUCCGGGACUCCAUCACCAGCCCCGGGGACUACGUGCUCUCCGUGUCGGAGAACUCCAAAGUCUCGCAUUACAUCAUCAACAGCAUCAGCAACAAUCAAAGACUAUCCGGCAAUCCAGGUUUGGCCCCUCCGAGGUUCCGUAUUGGCGACCAGGAGUUUGAGGCUCUCCCUGCUCUGCUGGAGUUCUAUAAGAUCCAUUAUUUGGAUACUACUACCUUGAUAGACCCCAUCAAUAAGUCCAAACACACCUCCUUUAUUAGCACCAAAACUGGCCAUGGAGGAGGGCCCCCCCCGCGACUUGAAGACGAGUUUGUCCGCGCCCUGUUCGACUUUUCCGGGAACGAUGAGGAGGAUCUCCCGUUCCGGAGGGGCGAUAUCCUGCGUGUCCUUGAGAAACCGGAGGAGCAGUGGUGGAACGCCGAGAAUUCUGAAUGCCGCGCCGGGAUGAUACCCGUGCCCUACGUUGAAAAGUACAGACCGUCAUCUCCCAGUGCUUUGGUUGGACCAGGCACAACGGGAUGUCCGCCACCGCUAGGUAACUCUGAUGGGUCUAUGGCACAGACCGGGGCUCCCCUUCUGGGGGACCCAAGUCAGUAUGCCCAGCCUACCCCUCUUCCAAACCUCCAGAAUGGACCUGUGCUAGCCAGAGCCAUACAGAAGAGAGUACCCAACGCCUAUGACAAAACUGCCCUGGCUUUGGAGCAACAUUUUGUCUGCUGUCCUCCUGGCCUCCAUCCUCCUGUAUCUCUCAUGAACAGCCCGGCCCCUGAGAAGCACUGGGUUGUUCAGCACUGUUCGAUGCCAAGGAACAUUCGAAAUAAAUGUAUUAUAUAUUUAAUAAACAUUUACUAGCCACAGCCAUUUGACUGUUCAACUUAAUUUCAGACUAAGCUAACUACCUCCUCAAGCUGCUCCGUCUCGUCUGGACGAGGCCUUUUUUGGCGCAGAAAAAAACGUUUCAAUGCUCAUCUGGAUUAAAGCAACAAACAUUCAGAGUCAGAAUAAAAUAAUAUUAAGAAUAGAAUGUAAUAAUUGUUUUCUAUUCUUUUUGAUAUGGGUUUAGGCCUAUCUAAACUAUGACCGCAUUUCAUCUUAGCGUUCGCUGCGUUACCAACGACGUUGUCUGAUGACGGGUGCGGGAUGUUCAAUAUAAAUAACGUUGAGUUCAUGAAGCUAAUAUUACCUUUUCUGUGUUACCAAAAAAUUUGGGCAGGUGUGUUGGACCACAGUAUAUCCUACUAACCUUUGGUAAACUGCAAAUGUCGCCGACCGUCUUCUCUGUGCCAAAUGUAUUUUUCCAUUGACCUCAAGCAUUGCGCGUGGACAGGAGGAGCGGGCGAAUCAGCUGUCAGUGAGUGUGCAUGUAACUCCGCGUUUACAUGAGGACACAUCAGAUCCGCAUAGAUGUGGAAGAACAGCUCAAUCGGAAUAGAAAAGUAUCAUAUAUAUAUACGCCUCAAUCGGAAUACAAUUAUCUGUUCGGAAUAUAAUUCUAUGCGGAAUAGAAGAGGUGAUGUAGUCCGCUAUAAACACUUAUUCCGAUUAGUUUGGGGUUUAACUUAGAGCAGCUGCAGUAGUUCACAAUUGGUCCACUCCGUCUGUACUUUAAUGCACACUGAACUUUACCGCUGUCAAGGAAAGUGGAUUUAUUGCCUGAUUCACGUCUGUUAUUUUCACUCCGUAGUAGUUACAGUAGUCCGGUAACUUAUCAACCCCAGCGUGUCCGGUUGCUAAGCGACGGGUGACAUCGGUGGUUUCAUGUGUUGGCGUAUCGUCGCUCUGUCUCCGUCUGUGUGUGUGUUUGUGUGUGUCUGUGCGUGUUUGUGUGUGUGUGUGUGAACAAGAAUGACAGGGAGAACGAGUGCUAUGCGGAGAUGAAUGAACGGAACGAUUUUUAUGUUUCCAAAUCUCGUUAUAAAAAAAAGAAGACAGAAUGAAUUCGUGGCGCUCGAUGUUGAUUCUGUGGCGCCGCGCCACACAAUGGUCUAUGUAUGGGAAACACUGUAUUAGGGGUGUAAUGGUACACGUAUUUCUACCGAACCGUCACGGUAUGGGCACUUCGGAGCGGUUACAGAGGUGUACCGCGGUACGUAAAUGUGUCGUUGUAGCGUUAAUAUCUUAUAUGUUGACUACAAACCAUGUAAGCAGUGUUGUAAAUAAACUUCCAAAGCUAUUCAAAUCUCAGUUGGUGUUUUAUUGAUCCUUAAGGUGCAAAGUAAACAAUGUACAAAGUAAUUAAGGUGCAAAGUCAAACCGGAGAAGUGAUUCCGGAAAUGGACCACUCACAGCCCUUGCCGUCUCGCGUCGACCAAUAGGUCCAUGGCUUCGACGGAUAGUUAUAAAAUAUUGGAUGCUCUCCGGCUAUGGAGGGGGCUCUCCCUGUCUACGUACAGCACUUUAACAUGCACACGCUAGGGAUGGGCAACGAUCGUCGAAUAGUCGGAGUCGCGUAGAAUAUCGAAUAAUAAAUGUGACUAUCUUAUUUAUUACACGGCUCUUCUCAAUGCUCUUGACUUGCAUGGGCCUUCACAACUUCCGGUGGUGAAUAGCGUCCUCGGUUGCUAAGCGACGUCAACGUCUUUGGCGGACUAUUUAUCUGCUGAUCAACACUACGAAUGCUGGUAACAAAUAAAUUGUAAAAAGACCAGGGCUCCGAACCGGUUCAAGGAACGAAAACCGAAAACGAACAGAAUUUUACGAGGAACGGAAACGAAAACCAAAUGGUCUUCAACUGUUCCGGAACAGAAACGUUAUUCUGAAAUCCCCAAAACCGGUUAAUAACAGUUUUUUUUCGUUCUCUAUAUAGCACAAAAGCAUAGCCUAUUUCAUGAAAAAAUAUAUAUAUUUCCGGUUGCGGCGUUCACUUCGCCGCCCGCUAAGCUCAGUUGUCACAAAUUCCCACCACCACCCUGGCCAGAGGCGAUUUGGAAGCAACAGUUGCACUAUCUUCGAAUGUAGAGGUAGAGUUAAAUUAGAAGUUGUUGGAGAGACUUGGGUAUUUGUCAGCAACAUAGAAAAUACAACAUAUUCGCUUAUGGCGGGGUUAGAAAUGAUUGAGCGAGCCUAUAUAUCUGAACAUCUCCAUGGCAUAUGGUGGAUACAACUUACAACCAGGUAAGGAGUUUCUAGCCCACUUAUUCAGAAAUGAUUUUCAUACAAAAUUAUAUUUAUCAUAGAAUAUAGGCUACAGUCAGCAGCAGUCUGCCUGGUAUGUGAGAUGGAUAUCGCGACUAUUUUUGGAUGCUGCCUGUGAUUUAUGAUUUUUGCGCAUUUAGACUACUGUGUAAAUUAUGGGCAAAUACCAAUAACUAGGUCUAUUGUAAGGUAUCGACCUAGGGUGACCAGAUCCCAAUUCAACAGAAGUGGGACAUAGACUACGUUUGUGUGGGACAAUGUGGGCAGGCCCGGUUCGACGUGAAAUUACGCUCUAGGCAACACCUCCGAGGGGGGGGGGGGGCUGCGACCUUCAGUGGGGGUUUCAGUCCACAUAACAGAUAAUCCCCCGUUCCCCCCCUUGUCCCUUCUAUUUGGAAACAUGUUUGAUAAAGGCGAUCGCCUAGGAUGCAUUGUUUCUUGUUGGUGGGCGUGCCCUUAACCUGCGUCCGCUUCCAAGUUUCAUUGACAUGAUCAAACAGCCCACCCGCUCCCUGAUGACAGCCCUCACUGCUGUCUACACACAGCUAUUUGAUAAAUGCCAGAAUUUAAAACACGCAUUUUAAAAAAUCGAGUGUCAAUAACAAUGCGGGACAAUGUCUCAAUUUGCGGGACGUGUACAAAGUAAUGGAAAUGCGGACUGUCCCGCACAAAGUGGGACAUCUGCAAGGGCGUAACUUUGGGUCUACCAUUGGGGGGGUUAAACUCGCGGCAUAUUUAUUUAUUUAUUUAAUCAAUCAUCUUCUUGUGUAAAAGGUAACAUGCCAAUUUGCCGUUCCUGUAUUAGAAAUACAUUGCGAUACCUUGACUGAUUUUGGCUUCUUUUUGAUUAUUUAUGUCAUAAUGACACAGUAGUAAAAUUCAGUGUUUAAGCAUUAGUCAGCAGUGGCAGCUUCCACUUAAUUGAUUUUGUGUGUGUCUAUCUUAUGAAAAAAACACGCAAGAACUUAAAGAUUAAUCAAUUGCAUCACUGUAUUAUUGACACCUACAUCCAGCGAAUUCACACAAUUCAAUACAAAUGCACAAUUCAAUAAACAUAUUGUCGGGCAUCACCAGCUCAAACUAUCAACAUCUAAACAAAAGAAAAUACAUAAAGAAGUAUAAAAGCAUUUCACAUAAAAGCACCAAACACCUGUUUGCGUCUUGGUAUAAAAGAAAUGAACUGCACAAAUUGACUUCUUAGUUAAGAGGUCCAAUUUGUCCUGAUGGAUGUUGCACACUGCAACAUGGUUCAGCCUCUGCUGUGACAUACUUGUGCGUAACCAAGUUUUUAAUCGUCGAAGAGCACUAAAGCUCCUCUCUGCCUCAGAGGACGAGACUCGUACCACAAGGAGUAAUCUCAUCAGAGUUUCGACUUCGGUAAAUAAUCCUCGCACCUCUGCUGGCAACUCUCUGAUAAUGUGUGUAGCCUCUCCACAUGAACGGUACAUGUAAUUGUGUUUGAACAUCGGUAGCUGGAUUUCCAGCAGCUGGGCAUUAAUUUCUGGGUAGUCAUGAACCACCGGAUCAAUAUUUCCAGAAAGCAAGGUGUUCUCCAGCUUUUGGAGGGUAAGAAGACCACCCUGCUGGAAACGUUCAGUGAACUGUGUGUGAAUGGUGUCAAGUACCUUAUAAAACUCAACUCUGUAAUAUUCUAUAGGAGUUUUAGGACUGAAUCCACUUGAUUCUCCAUAGCACUUGGGUGGUUGUCGAACUCUUGGCAUUGUUAUGGGUUCUAAGUCUACAGAAUUCACAACUGUAGAUGCCCUCUCAAAAAGGUGUUGGAAGGCCUCAUCACUCCUCUUGCCAUUGAGAGUAGACUGAACCUUACAAACAGCAGCCCGCAUACCAGAAACAGUCUGUCCUUUUCUGAAGAGACCUGUUGAGACACUCUAGCUCUCCAAUAACUGCUUGUGCCAUCACAAGACCAACUACAGUGCUGCCUCUCAUAAACUGCUGAAAUAGACCAUUUGCAGUGGUUGCAGUGGGAGAGUUAGUCCCUGCCAUUUCCUCUAAGGCAGUGAGGAUUGAGUCAUACUGUGUUAAAACAGAAUGGAUGGCACCGUGUCUGACGGUCCACCUAGUUGCACAAAGUGGUUUCAGGGCACUUGAGGUUCCGUGGUCAGAUAUCGCUAUCGUAUGAAACAUAUGUUUGAAUUUGCCAGACUGUCCACACAAAACUCCUAAUUGAUGAACCCAGUCAAGGGCAUCUCGCACAACUAUAGAAGCUGUGCAUGCCUUCUGUGCUAUCAAAUUAACACAGUGUGCUCCACAGUGCACAUACAAAGCAAGUGGUUGUUUCUUCCUAAUGUGAGCCUGUGUUCCAGAAUAUUUGCCAGACAUAUUUGCUGCGCCAUCAUAUGUCUGCCCACGCAGAGCUGACAAUGGCAAAUUUAGUCUGCAGAUAACAUCUAAUACUACAUUUGCAAGAGAUUCUCCUGUGGUCUCAUGCACUGAAUACAUCCCAAUGAAUUCCUCAUGAGGAUUUAAGUCAUGAUCCACAUAACGAAGACAUACAGAUUCUUGUUCUUGACCUGAUAUGUCUUGUGUCCCAUCAACAAUCAAGGCAAACUGUGUGACUGGGAGGCAUCUAAUAGUGUCAGCUAUUCCUCUUAUAAUGUCUUUGCUCAUUAUGCCUAGUACCUCGUUUUGAAUGAGAGGACUUGUGUAAUCCUGCUUGCGUGUCUCUAACCACUUCUGAAAAGCAGUGUCAUCCUCUGCCUUUUCUUUCAGAUGUUGGGAUAGAUUACCCUUCUCUUCCACAUGACCUCGUAGCGGUAAACCUUGCCUAGCUAAGUAUUUGAUUGAGCCUACAAUCUUCAUCAAUCCAUACCUUGCUUCCUCCUGUUGUCUGGCAACAGCUGAAGAAAGCUGUGAAGCUAUAGUGUUACCUUUUUGUGCAUAGAUGUUCACGGCAUGGAUAUGCAACUGACUUUUUGCAUGUUGUGAGAACUUCUGGAUAGCUUUUUUCCAAUUUCUAAAGCCUACACUCACAAAGGCAGGGUCACACUUGCUUGCAUAUGUUGGCUGAUUCAAAAAAACCUUGGCACAGUGAAAACAUAUGACUCCUUGUAAAGUGGCACUGUAAUGUAACCAAGGAAAAGUUUUGAACCAUUUCUCUUGAAAAGACAACACACAGUUAUCUCGCUUCUGCACUACUAUAAGAUUAAGGUCAGGUUGUGCAGGCUUUGUGCAGGUGAGGAUGUCUGAAACAUCAAAUCCCUGGGGCUCAAUAUCCUGUAACAUAUGACAUGAAAACUUGUCACUCUCUGAAAUAACAAUCCUAUUAAAUGAAUGUAUUGAUCAAUAAUGCUCUUCAAAGCUAAAUUAUGUUCCCUUGUGUUCGCACCUGCUCAUUUGCCUGACUGCUGCCCUCAUCAUGUGACCCUCUGUGAGGAAACCACAGAAACCAAAUUACUUACUUUACACAAGAUCUCUCAUUCAAAACUCAAUACUAGGCACAAUGAGCAAUGUCAAGAUAAGUUAGCACUUUUUGAAAGGGCAUCUACAGUUUUAUUUACACUUAAAACCCAUAACUGGGAUUCUGGGAUUCCUCAGAAUUAAGAGUAUGUUACAAAUUAAAUGAAUUAUUAUUAAUAUUAUUAUUAUAACAAUGCCUAUUUGACAACCCCCCAAGUGCUAUAGUAGAGAAUCAAGUGGUUUCAGUCCUUAAACUCUUAUGGAAUACUACAGAGUAGUAUGCAGUUCACAGAACGUCAGUGUUCUGACAGUGUAUGGCAUGCACAAUUUUGUUUGAGGUCUCUUACCUGGUCAUCUGUGCCUCCUGCGCUGCCUGUCUCUGUGCUCUCUCUCCCUCACUUUGGCCAUCUGACCCU